UUCCUUACUUCCUUACUUCCUUCCUUUCUUAUAUAUAUAUAUUUAUAUUAAUUUUCUGAAUUAUAAAAUAAAAUAAAUAAAUCAAAAGAAUAAUAGUCACCAUGGGAAAUCAAGCAAGCAAAGUUAUCGAUAAAAGCAAAGAAAAACGAAAGAGAACGACCAAAAGACGUCAAAGUACGAUAACACUCAGUGCCAGAUCAACCGUCUCGCACCAUUCCCUCCAAUCCCACGGAAACUAUGACUGGCUCGAAGAAAGCCAAGAAACUGCCCUGAGUGCGCGAGUGAUCCACGUAGCCAUGGCAAAGGCCUCGGCUGUCUCGCAAUCGUCCUCAAUCUCAUCACACCCAUCACACAUAUCAACUUCCUCUUCUUCUUCGUCUCAUAUUCCAACUCAUGGACCACCAGGAGCCCGUCGUAAAUCAAUCACCGAAUUCUUCACAAGGCGCAAACAAAGCAUCUCUAGACCAACCAUCUUUUCAGAAAAUGAAUUCCGAGAACAUGAUAGACUUCAACGACAGCAUUAUCUAUUAAAGAGUGCAAGAAAGAGUAACCAUUGGGCAACUUUAGACACACCAGCUGUUAUUCUUGACAUGGGAACUGGAAAUGGCAUCUGGGCACUCGAAAUGGCUUCUCAGUUCCCUCAAGCCCAGGUCCUCGGCAUGGAUCUCCGUCCACCCCACGAGCAACAAGGUGGUCCAAAAAAUCUGCGUUAUGUCGAAGCAGACAUUAGACAAUCCUGGCCCAUGGGAGACAAUUCCAUUGACUUUAUCUUUCAACGUAAUAUGGGUCAAGUCAUUCAAAAGGACCAAUGGAGCCACGUGCUCAGUGAAAUGAGACGUGUUCUGAAACCAGGCGGCUACAUUGAACUGGUCGAGUCUGACCUCUGGCAUCACAACCCUGGUCCGGUCCAGCAGGCAUUUGAUGAGUUCUUCGAGGGCCAGUGUGCCGACCUCGGUUUGGACUUCAUGUUCACCGACAGAUUAAAAGACCAGAUCGAACAGGUCGGUGGGUUUGGAUCGGUUGACAUGCGCGCCCUGGACAUCCCGGCCGGCGAAUGGCCAGCCGAAGCAGAGCUAAAGCAGUUUGGAUUCAUCAACAAGGAAACCCAAAAAGCCUUCUUGCGGAACUGCAAGACCUUUUAUGUCUCCAAGUGGGGUAUCACCUCAGACGAUUACGAUCUUGCUGUAGGAGAAGUCAUGGAAGAAUUUGAAGAGUAUCAUGGAUUCACCCGUUUCAAUUGUUGGAUUGCCCAAAAGUCUUGAUUUCUUUUUCUUUUUCUUAUAUAUAUAUAUACUGCUUCUAUUAUGUUUCUGCGUUGUCUUUUGUUGCUGUAAUCUAUUGUACCAUUCUUACUUUCUUACUCUUUACUUCUUCUUGUGUAUAAUCUAUCGCUCUAUUUAUAUUCUUCCUUCAUCCCCUUAUUGACUCUUUAUUUCUCUUAUGCUCCUAACUGAUAUUUUUAACUCCAUUUAGUGUUUGUACUUUAGAUAAUAAUAAUAAAUAGAAAUAAAAGGUACAGCCUUGGAGUAAAAA